UUCAUCAUCACGUCGCAGUUCAUGUGUUUUAGAAUGCAAUGACAGUUUAGAAUAUUUAUAAAUUAUUACAGAGUAAUUAUGUUAUGUUACGGGUUGUAGCUAUAGUCUUAGUUUCCAAUAAAUAAAUCCGUUGACAUUCAGUCGUAAGGUACUUUAUUAAUCAUGUUGGCCGCAGUUUCGUCGAGGUUUGUCCUUCAAAGCCACUGGAAUCUUACAAAUCUACAAUCGUCGUUGAAUCGGAUACAGAAUCUGUCACAAACAGCAUGCAAGAAUACAGUUAUUGUGGAGCGCUGGUGGAAGGUUCCUUUGUCAAAGGAGGGAAAGCCACCCAGACUCCAUCCACGACGACACAAGGUGUACCGCUUGGUUGAAGAUAUAAAACACAAUAAUACCCAAGAAAAAAUGGAGCUCAUACUCACUCAGACAGUGCCCAAGCUUGGUGGACGAGGAGACACAGUUUCUGUGAAGAAAUCAAUGGGCCGCAACACUUUACUAUCCCAAGGCCUGGCUGUAUAUCCCUCACAAGAAAACAAAGAUAUGUUUGCAGAGGAAAGAAGGCUACUGCGUGAAGGAAGACCGGAGGAUAGAGUGCAGACCCGCACAGGACAGCUAACUGUUGAAUUCCUGAAGAAGACACAGCUUGAAGUUGCCAUGCACACUUCCAUUCAGUACUCGCUCACAAAAGAAAUUGUUUGCCGACAGUUUGUUAGACGGCUUGGUGUAGUUGUGCCUACACACGCCUUAACUCUUCCAGAAGAACCAAUCACAGGACCAGGAGAGUUCUGGUGUAAUGUCACAGUGAAUGGAGUGGACACAGUCAGAGUUUCCAUGUCUGUGGUGCCAUUUGUGUGUCCAAGCCAACGGAGGCUUAUGAAGAAACAGGAAGACACACAGCAAUCAGAUUCAGAAUAGCGUUUCCUUGUUAAAGAAGAUGUGUUUAAGGAAACAAUUUUGGGAAUACAUACAAGGAAUUUGUACAAAUAAAAGUUUUUUUUUUUCCUGUCAGUUCCUUCUAUGAAGUCUUUUCUUUUAGCUUAUUGCUCUUGGCUUCUGAAAAUUCAAAUACAAAGCUCUAAACUUAGGAAAGUGUACUAACGUGUAGUUAGUCAAAUUAUGAAACCGUUUUGCAUCUCAUUGCAAAAUGAAUGCACAUCAGAUCAACUUUCUGUCUUGGUUUACUGUAUGUAACUUCUGAUGCAAACCUCCCCCAAUAAGUACUUUGUUAGUUCUUUGUGAAACAUGAAUAUCCCCGCAAUGGGUCCCAAAUUACAUAUUUUAACUUGAGCAACUUUGGCAGAACAAUUAGAAGUAUAUCAAGCAUUUCUAUAUUCAUAUUGAGGUAAUCAAUGUCAGUCUACAAAUUUUCAAUUCAAACCGGAAAACAAAGCAUUAACAUUUAAACAUAAAUAACAUUAAAUCCAAUGUUUUUACCUUUUAAUUUGAGGUUUUUCAUUGUUUAUGUGGUCUGAACAGUUUUUUUUUUUUUUGGCUCAGAUUUCUGGUUGUGAUGUAAGAAUUAUUCACGCACGAAAGUCUAGCACGAUAUAUAUAUAUAUAUAUAUAUAUAUAUAUAUAUAUAUA